CGAGACUAACGAAGUAUAAGGGUCGAAUCUAACUAAGAGUAGGCCACAGGCCAGAGACAAUUCAACGUCUCCUGGAGCACCGGAGGCAUUUUCCAAACAGUAAAAGGGAAAAUAAAAAUGCCCUCUCGCGCUCUUGUAUAGACUAAAAAAACCCGCAGAAAUGCCCAGAUUUACAUCAUUAAACCCUAACCACCACCACCACCACCACUGCCCGAACCAUACAAGAACGACAACGUAAUGACCAGCACUAAUAUCAGAUCGUCUGCUACAAUGUCCCACCAUAAAUCCUCUUCUCAACCUCUCCCUUUAGUUGUAAGUCUUAACUGCAUCGAAGAUUGCUCCAUCGAGCAAGACUCCUUAGCCGGAGUCGCAACGGUCGAACACGUGCCCCUCAGCCGUUUAGCCGAUGGCAAAAUCGAAUCAGCUGCAGCUGUUCUUCUUCACUCUCUCGCUUACCUCCCUCGAGCUGCUCAGCGCCGUCUCCGUCCUUAUCAGCUCCUCUUAUGUCUCGGCUCAGCUGACCGUGCUGUCGACUCGGCUCUCGCUGCGGACCUGGGGCUCCGGCUUGUCCACGUGGAUACUUCGCGAGCUGAGGAGAUCGCGGAUACAGUGAUGGCUCUGUUCCUUGGCUUGCUUCGUAGAACGCACUUGCUAUCUCGCCACGCGCUUUCGGCUUCUGGUUGGCUCGGCUCAGUGCAGCCUUUAUGUAGGGGAAUGAGAAGGUGUAGAGGUCUGGUUUUAGGGAUCAUUGGUAGAUCUGCAUCGGCUAGGUCUUUGGCCACUAGGAGCUUGGCUUUUAAGAUGAGUGUGCUUUAUUUUGAUAUACACGAGGGAAAAGGAAAAGUAAGUAGGUCUUCCUUAAGAUUUCCACCUGCAGCACGAAGAAUGGAUACUCUAAAUGAUUUACUAGCUGCUAGUGACUUGAUCUCACUUCAUUGUGCUUUAUCGAAUGAAACAGUUCAGAUUCUUAAUGCUGAGUGUUUGCAGCAUAUAAAGCCAGGGGCAUUUCUUGUGAAUACGGGUAGUAGUCAGCUGCUUGAUGACUGUUCAUUGAAGCAGCUUUUGAUUGAUGGGACUUUAGCUGGCUGUGCUCUGGAUGGUGCUGAAGGGCCACAAUGGAUGGAAGCAUGGGUAAAAGAGAUGCCAAAUGUAUUGAUACUUCCACGAAGUGCAGAUUACAGUGAAGAAGUUUGGGUGGAAAUAAGAGAUAAGGCCAUCUCUUUAUUGCAAUCUUUCUUCUUUGAUGGGGUAAUUCCAAAGGAUAUUAUCUCUGAUGAGGAGGAGGAAAGUGAAAUGGGCGAUGAAAAUGAACAGUUUCACAAACAAGACAAAGAAAGUUUUCUGCAGGCUUCUAUUGGUGAGCGCUUGACAGAUGAUAUUCAGGUAAGUCCAGAAAGCACCCGUAGUAAAGUUAUUAAUCAAUCAACAGAAUCUAGCCAGGCUCAGGGUUCUGGAUUGUCUCAAACUACGGCUGCAAGGUCUGAAGGAAAACGCAGCAGAUCAGGCAAGAAGGCAAAGAAAAGACACGGCCGUCAAAAAUCCAUUCAGAAACCGGAUGAUCUUUCUCAUUUAGAAAAAGAAAGCACCUCACAUCGAGAAGAUGAUGCUACUAUGAGUGGUACAGAUCAAGUCUUAAGUUCCAGUUCCCGGUUUGCUUCCCCUGAAGAUUCACGAAGUAGGAAAACACCAAUAGAAUCAAUUCAAGAGUCAAAUGCAGACCAGCUUCUAAGAUCAAGCAAGAAGCUCAGUGGAAAGUCUGGUGAACUGCUGAAAGAUGGGUAUGUUAUUGCCUUAUAUGCAAGAGACCGUCCUGCACUUCAUGUCUCAAGGCAGAGAGUGAAAGGUGGUGGAUGGUUCCUGGAUGCCAUGUCAAAUGUAACAAAAAGAGAUCCCGCAUCUCAGUUCCUUGUUGUUUUUAGAAGCAAGGACACUAUUGGGCUGCGCUCUUUUGCUGCUGGUGGAAAGUUAUUGCAGAUUAACAGAAGAACGGAAUUUGUAUUUGCUAGUCACAGCUUUGAUGUCUGGGAGAGUUGGAUGUUGGAAGGUUCAUUGGAGGAUUGUAGGCUGGUUAACUGUAGAAAUCCUUUGGCCGUUUUGGAUGUACGCAUUGAGGUUCUGGCAGCUGUAGGGGAAGAUGAUGGGGUCACUCGUUGGCUGGAUUAGGUUGUGAAUGCAAGAGUGAAGAUACCUAAUUUUUUCCUGCCAUUUUUGUUAUUUUUCUAGGUUUGUGUUUCCUCAAAACAAUCUGUAAAUCAUUCUUUUCUUUCCUCCUGGUUUCCUACUAUUUUUUUUUUUUGUUCUUUUACUUUUCAAGAUUUAGCAGCUAUGUUAGGCAUCGAGUGUGAUGGGUUACUGGGUUGUUUUGGGCCUCUUGACAAAUAGGUGUACCUUAUAAUUUAUGAGCUCCUCAUUGUUUUUUCAAAUGGAUUAUUGGUUUUCCCUGAUGAAUUGAUAAAGUUCUAUUGCAGUC